AUGACUCCAGACUACGCAAGCUGCUUUAUUACGCCUGUCGAACUUGCUGACUUGGAUGACAAGAUGGACACAGAUGGGCUGCCAUACGAGACGAUGGACUUAGAUGUCCAAGAUGCCACCUCCCACAGUCAUGGAUUGACAACUGACGCAGUGGAGAUGACGAGUCCUAUUACCGGCCCCAAGCGGGAACACCGAUCAGUUACUCGACAGAAUCGGGUUGGCCGCUCCUUAACUUCCUCGAGAUUAAAACCGAAAUGGCGCAGGUCGCUCCUCAUGCCUGACAUCAUUGCGACAGCGCCCCCGUGGAGUAGAAUUAACUCCACCAUGACGGGCCACGACGGCCAGGUUCAAGAGACCUUCAGAUUUGUAGAUAACAUUAUAGACUCGGGUGAAAUAGGGAUGGGAAACGCCAGCCCUGCAUUAGAUAUCUACCGUCGAUCGCAGACCUCAGAGUCGGUUAGCGAAUCGGCAAAGCGGGCCAAAAGGCGGCAGCGUAUCGCUAGACGCUGGGUCGAUCUCACGGGAGGGUCUCUUCUACUUUCGAAAUUUUGCCGUCACAAAUCGGACACUGAGGAACGUUUCAAGGAACUCUUUUGCUCAAUUUCCCUCAGCAUUAACCCGAGCUUCCUGCGAGCUAUCGCAACUCAGCGAUCAAGCAUAAAACGAGAAUGGAAGCCUGGACCAUAUUUCGGGGGCAUAGGGGAUGCGAAUUAA